AUGUUUCACACGCCUUUGGGCCAAGUUUUGACAACUCAGGUCUUCAAAAACGAGUCUGCAAAAGACAAAGGAAGAAGAGGCCUAGUGGGCUUUGUGAAGUGGGGAAAAUCCCCUUACAAGAGACAACGCGGUGCACCCCAUGACGUCUUAUUGGUCGUGGUAGUGGCUCUCGUGCUUGUGGUGUCGUCCCUCAUCGGUGACCAAGGUGAGGCCAUCACCGAGCUGUUGAGCCCUGUGGACCUUCUACUCCUCCGCAUCGUCCUCUUCCUCACCAUUCAGUUCCUCUCCUCUAAGCGUGGCUCCUUCAUCUCUAGCAUGUUCUUGACUGGCAAGCCCAACACCAUCCACAAGGUUAGCGAUUGCACAGUGGGAGUCAUGCUCAUUCUGAUCAUCAUUUUGUUCCUCCUCUACAAUCUUGUAUCUAUCUUCGACGAUGGCGAUGAUUUCGAUGAAUAG